AUGAUAGACGCUACGACUUGGUCGCCGACGAUCAAUGAGCUCGUGGAAAAGGGCACCGUUGGGCUGGGACGAUACGACUUGACGCUGGAAUACGAUUACUGGACUUAUGCUGAUAUUAUCUCGUCGAUCCUCCCGGAGGACUUGCUCGACGAGGUCCCGCAGGGAUUUACGCAAGUUGGCCAUGUUGCCCACCUCAACCUCCGCGAACAAUACCUCCCUUGGAAGACCCUCAUAGCCAAGCUCCUGCUCGACAAGAACCCGCAGAUCCGCACCGUCAUCCGCAAGACGGAGGACGUCGGCACCAAGAGCGAAUUCCGCACGUUCCCUCUGGAGGUGAUCGCCGGAGACCCGGAUCUGAACGUCAUCCAGCACGAACAGGACUGCGAAUUCCGCUUCGACUUCUCCCGCGUAUACUGGAACAGCCGUCUGGAGACCGAGCACCGCCGCCUCGUCAAUAAGUUCCGCUCCGGCGAGAUGGUCUGCGAUGUUAUGGCGGGCGUGGGCCCGUUUGCCGUGCCCGCCGGCAAGAAGAAGAUCUUCGUGUGGGCGAACGACCUCAACCCGCACGGAUACGAGGUGAUGGAGGACGCCGUCAAGCGGAACAAGGUGCAGCAGUUCGUGACGCCGUUCAACAAGGACGGACGCGAGUUCAUCCGCUGGUCCGCCCAGUCCCUGCUGGAAUCCGACCCUGUGACUGUGACCAUCGCGCCGCGCGUCCGACGAAGCGCCAACAAGGACAACCAGCCGCCUCCCCCACCCCCGGAGGUCUACCACCGUCCGCAGGUCUUCGACCACUACGUCAUGAAUCUGCCUGCGACGGCGAUCGAGUUCCUGGAUGCGUUCCCUGGGCUCUACACCGGGAAGGAGUCGCUCUUUGCGCCGCACACGACGCAGGCGCUCCCGAUGGUGCAUGUGUAUUGCUUCUCGGGCCACUCGGCGGACGAGCACGAUGACCAUGUCGAUAUCUGCCAGCGCAUCUCCGAGCGCAUCGGAUAUACGAUCACGACAGACGACUGCGUUGGCGGCAGUGGGAAGCAGGAACUCGAGCUGGCCAUCCACAAUGUGCGCCUGGUCAGCCCCAACAAGCAGAUGUUCUGUGCUAGUUUCCGUCUUCCCAAGGAGGUAGCUUUUAAGCAGGUUUGA